GCAGGAAGCCAUGCUGAAGGAACGCGAGAGCUCAGAAGGAUCCCCCGGGGCACCAGACGAGUGCGCAGGCUGCGGAGGCAAAAUACAAGAUCGAUAUUACCUCCUAGCUGUGGAUCGUCAGUGGCACGGAUCCUGCCUGCGCUGCUGCGAAUGUCGUCUGCCUUUAGACACCGAACUGACUUGCUUCUCACGGGAUGGAAACAUAUAUUGCAAAGAGGAUUAUUACAGGUUGUUUUGCGUGAAGCGUUGCGGCAGAUGCUGUAAUGGUAUCACUGCCAAUGAGCUCGUGAUGCGAGCCAGAGACCUGGUCUACCACCUCAACUGCUUCACUUGUGUCGCUUGCGGGACUCAGCUUUCUAAGGGGGAUGUGUUCGGAAUGAAAGGUGGUCUGGUAUACUGUCGUCCUCAUUACGACACCGCUUGCUUGGAUGACUACUGCGAUGAAGAAAUGACUAACGGUUAUAGGUGUCAAGAUAUGCACAAUGGCGGAAACUCACCCCAGUACUAUAGUGGAGGUUCAACUCCAAAAGGUCGGCCGAGGAAGAGAAAGAUACCCCACGGCUCUCCGGACGAGCUACAAGCACAAACCAUACGGAUGGCCAGCUCCGCUCUAGAAAUCCUCCAUCGUGGCGAUCUGUCUUCAUCCAUGGAGUCUCUGGCGUAUGAUUCUUCAGUGGCCUCUCCAGGGAGCGUUUCUAGCCACACGCAAAGGACCAAGCGAAUGCGAACCAGCUUCAAGCAUCACCAGCUACGGACCAUGAAAUCUUACUUCGCAAUCAACCAGAACCCUGACGCGAAAGACUUAAAGCAAUUGGCCCAGAAGACUGGACUCUCGAAAAGGGUCUUACAGGUCUGGUUCCAAAAUGCGCGAGCAAAAUGGCGACGUAACAUGAUGAGGCAAGAAACGAACGGGGUUAAUGGUCAUACUUCGAUUGUCCCUGGUAACGGUGGAACACCAAGUAUAGUACCCACCGCGCUGAUCCUCUCGGAGCCUCUCCAGCCCCUUGAAGAUUUGAGGGUACAUACUCCUCAUCCGAUGGCGUUCAAUGAACUUUACUGA